AUGUCAAGAACCGUAGAGAUCACAGUUUUGUCAGCUGAAAACCUCCAAAUGAAUAAAAGAUCCGUAAGAGGGAACACAUUUGUGACGGUUCAAUCCGAUGCAAGCGUUGAAAUGGGUACCACAAAAGUGGAUUCUGAAGGGGGGAGUUACCCUUCAUGGAAUGAAAAAAUUGUGAUGGACGUGCCAUUGCAUGCAAGGUUCAUAACCGCUGAGGUAAAGUGCAAAACAUCAUCAACGGGUUCCAACAGUGUUGGAAUAACGAGAAUACCCGUUUCUGAUUUUCUUGGUGGCUUUGUACCCGAAAAUCAUUUGCAUUUUUUAAGCUAUAGGUUAUGGGAUAGUAAAGUUAGAAGAAAUGGGGUUAUAAAUAUUUCGGUGAGGGUAAAAGUGUCACAACAUUCUUGUAAUCCAAAUCCUAUGACUAACGUUGUGCCCGUAACGGGAGUGCCGGUUGCCGGUAAUCGGUCUUCUGGAGUUGUAACGGGUAUUCCAGCUGUUUGGUUAAACAAACCAAGAAAUCUUUGA